GCAAGUGACAGCAAAAUGUAUAAUCGUGUAUCUAUCCUCUUCGCUCUAUGCUGGUGUUUUAUUUUCAUCUCUUCCUGGGAAAACCGAAUCCAAGUUAAACUGUUCAUGAAGUGUGGUGAAGAUACGAAAAAUAUCAGUGGACCCAUAAGUGUCACCGAUAUUAGCAAGUUUACUGGUGAUACCAAUGAGGAUUCAGUUGUCAGUGGUCCUGUGUGUCAACCUAACAUUACAGUGACUGGAGUUGGUGAGAAUGAACUUUAUUGGCAGUUCGAGGGAACGAAUAUUCCAAGAGCCACGACUGGAGAGGGUGACCGUUCAGGAUGGAUCGCUGUGAUUUAUACUGAUAAAAAAAAGCCAAAUUUAGCACUGCAAAGAUUUCAUAAUAAACAAGCAAAAGAGGGAAUUUUUACAUGCUUCUAUGUUCCUGACCGUGGUAGAAAUGUCUCUGUCUCUGUUGGUAUCUACUUUCCAAUUUCAUCAGUAUCAGGUGCUAUUGAGGUGAUGUCAGGAAGGGAAGGGACUUUCAGAGUGAGAUGUACCUCUACAGGU